AUGUCUUACGCCGACGCUGCUGCCAAGGGUCCCAAGCAAGACCCUGAGGAUGCCCGCGCUCCCUACGUAGGAGGUGUCUACAAGGACGAGUCCGAGAGCACCGCCUCCCUGAUCGACGUCGACUCCCCACACGUCCAGACCGUGGAAUCUGACUUCCUCGAACAAGAUGUCCAAACCACCACCCAGGCAGAGCGAUUAGAGCGCGAAGCCGCAGAGGCUGAACAGCGCCGGGUCCGCGAAGCCGCCGAGAAGAAGGCCAAGGCCCGCAAGGGCAAGAGCAGCGGACUGGGCCCUAACUCCGACAACCCCGUUUACAUUACCAAUGCUGUUAUCGGUACUCUGGUUGGAGCCGGUUUGGGCUUUGGUGCUUACCGCAAGCAUGUGGAGGGCAAGUUGUCCUGGGAACUGGUUGGUCUUGUCUCUGGUGCUGUGGGCGCAUUUGGUGUUGCGGAUUACUUUGUUAGCAAGUGGUUCCUGCAGAACAAGUACCCUGCCAAAUAG